UUAGCCGUUAGUAUUCCAAAUUCCAAAUCUGUUUCAUAUAUAUACCCUUGACUGGCUUCCAUUUGUUGCACAACCUCUUCAUAUCUUCCACACUCCAACAUAAAUAGUUCUCUUUCUCAAUCUAUUAACCUCCAUCUCUUACCAACACAGAUAGAAAACUAGUAAAGCAUCCAAAUCUUGCAAAUAGCCUCUAAAUUUAGUACAAGUUGGAAAAAGGCCACAUAACCAACCUAGUCUUGCCUUCUUCAUCUUUAGUUUCCUUCAACCAUCGUACAUUUUCUUUCUCUUGGUGAAUAUAUCAGCUACCAUAGAAGCUAUGUCUAUAACCAAAGAUGUUGGUUCCAGUUCUCAAGUGCAGGAAGUGGAGUUUAAGAAUGAUAAGAACAGCAACAAGGAUGCAGGUGGUGAACCAAGCCUACAUCAACAUGACGAAAAUGAUAAGCUUAAAGAUGAGGUUGAUCCAGAUGAAGAGGAUGAGCUUGCCACAUUCAAAUGUGACAAAGAAUUGGUUCUUGGCCCUAAGUUUUCUCUCAAGGAGCAGCUUGAGAAGGAUAAAGAUGAUGAGAGUUUGAGGAAAUGGAAGCAGCAACUUCUUGGGAGUGUUGAUCUCUCUUCACUAGAUGUUGGAGAGAGUAAAGAAGCAGAAGUGAGGAUUUUAAGUAUGACAUUGAUGUUCCAGGAGCGGCCUGAACUUGUGCUGCCGAUUCCAUUCACCAACAAACCAAAGAGCAAUCUUUUCACACUCAAAGGAGGAAGCAAGUUCCGAACCAAAUUCACAUUUACUGUCUCAAAAAACAUUGUCUCAGGCCUCAUGUUCACCGCCUCAAUCUGGAAGACUGGUGUCAAAGUGCACAGUUCAAAAAGAAUGCUUGGAACCUUUAGUCCUCGACCAGAUCCUUAUACGUAUGAAACCGAAGAAGAUACUACCCCUUCAGGCAUGCUUGCAAGGGGCAAGUAUUUUGUGAGAAUAAAAUUUCUGGAUGAUCAUGGAAAAUGCUAUUUGGAUGCUAGUUACUACUUUGAAAUCCAGAAGAACUAGGCUGCACCCUCUUGAAAUCUUUUUCAUUUCCGCAUUAUCUUGUCAGAAUUAAUUGGCUUGUUGAUGGUUUCAAAUGACCAUUUUAAUUUAGUGAGUGAUGGGAAUAAUAUUUCUCUGGCAUAUUGUAUCUUAAUUGUAACCAUGUUCUUCUGGGAAAAUUGCAAUCCAAAUUUCAAUUCAAUAUGCGCAAGCACUGUGCU